CUAUCCUAAAACAUAUAUUGGGAGAAUGGAGGAGGAACGAAACAUCCAUCCAUUUCAUCAUUUCUGGUAAGGAAAAAGAAGGAAUCGUCAAAAGGGUUACCAUCUAGUGUUGUCUUCUGUGUCAUAGGCGAAAGAGACACAAAAGAACUUGGGUGGAAUCUUGGACGGCAGAAAAGAAGUGAGAAGUAGAGUUCACAACGAUAUGCAGAGACCGGGACUACCGCCACCACAAAGACCUUCAACAAUGAAUCCUCUCAAUUUUAAUCGUGCAGCUUCAGGUGCUUCAGCGGGUGGGAAUGCAGGCACAACCGGAGGAGCACCUUCGCCGGCAAAUUACAAUUAUCUACCUAGACCAUCACCUGGAGCGAAUGCAGGAAGUGGAUCUACUCCUUUCAAUCGAGGAUUCCCUUUUGGUGCUUCAAAUCUACCGCCUCAUUUGGCAAAUUUUGCAGGUGCAGGUUCAGCUGGAAGUGGUGCUGGAGCAGGACAAUCUACAGGACAACAAGGGCAAAGUGGAUCGUUGAAUAUUAAUGACUUCCCUGCACUAGGAGGAUCGUUCAAUUCAGCGCCUUCCAUUGGAGGAGGAACGAUGAGUUAUGCGAACAGCACUGUUGGCAAUCGAAACGGAGCAGGAGUUGAAGCAGGACUAAAUACAGAUGAUUUUCCAUCUCUGACUGAUGGCUUCAGUGUGAAUGCUGCAAAUGGAGUAGGAUCACAACAGGCAAAUCAAGAACAGGCGAGUGCAGCAGCAACUCUACAGCAUCAAAGGCUAGCAAGAGAACAAAAUCCUUCUCAGCAAACAUUGAAUGCAGCAAGGGGCGGAUUUGGCGGUGAUGUUGAUAGAAAUUAUGCUACAAAGGUGGGAAUGCAACAACCACCUGGAAUGUCAGCUGCUCAGAAUUGGUUUUCGCAAAACUUUGGCGGAGCAGCAGCAGUGGCAGCUGGACUGAAUGGAUCUGCACCAACAGGAGCAGGAUCGCUACAAUCACCAGCUUUGGCAAACCAAGUUGCCAAUAGGGCAUUAGACGGAGUAGGAGGACAAGGAGGGCUAGAUGGACAGCAGGGAGGAGCAGGAAAUGUCGGAAGUGGUGGAUUGAUGCUGCCAAAUGUUGGAGGAGGGACAGCACCCGGAGGAACGCAAUCCCAGGCAGCAGGAGCAAUCGCCAAAACGCCAGCACAGCAAGUUUUGACAAGUCCAGCAGAUCGAUUUGGAUUGGUCGGCUUAUUGAACAUCAUCAAGAUGCAAGAUCCAGAUCUAAGUAUGCUUGCGAUGGGUAGUGAUCUACAGACGCUAGGAUUGAAUUUGGGUGCCCAAGACUCUCUUUCAGCCUCGUUUGUCACACCAUGGUCCGACAAUGCAGCAGCGGCAGCACUUCAAGUUGAGCCAGAAUUCCACCUACCAAGCUGUUACAAUGUUCAACCGCCACCGCCAGCAUCGAGCAAGAUUGCAAGCUUCAGCGAUGAAACAUUGUUCUUCAUCUUCUACAGUACACCAAGAGAUGUUUUGCAAGAAGUUGCUGCUCAAGAAUUGUACAACCGCAACUGGCGCUUCUACAGAGGAGGCCUGAACAUGUGGCUAACGAAGGAAGAGAAUGUACAACCGACACACAAAGAUUUGCGUGCUGAAAAGGGUGUUUACAUCUUCUGGGAUCCUGCAAGCUGGAGCAAGAUUAGCAGGGAGUUCGUGUUGGCAUAUGAUGCAUUGGAAGACCGUAGCAAUAAUGUCAACCAAGCACAAUUGUUGGGUGCCAAUUCUGCAUCUGGACAAGGAGGACAACAAACUUCUUCUGUACAGCAAUUGCAAGGAACAAAUUCUGCUCAAAAUUCUCAAGCACAGCAAGGUCAACAAGGAAAUCAAGCUACUGCUGUUCAAUAAGCAGGUCAAUGUGCCAUCAAAGCCAUUCUCAAAGCAUCUUGCAUUCCUUCCUUUGCUCAAGCUCAAGAAAGAAGAACGUCUUCCUUGUUGUGUUUUCAUAUACAUUAGAAGAUUGGUACAAAUGUA